AUGGAAGGUGUGGAUCCAGACACUCUUCUAGAGUGGUUGCAAACAGGAGUUGGUGAUGAACGAGAUAUUCAGUUAAUGGCACUAGAACAACUUUGUAUGCUCUUGCUGAUGAGUGACAAUAUUGAUCAGUGUUUUGAAAGUUGUCCACCGAGAACUUUCCUUCCUGCAUUGUGUAAAAUAUUCCUUGAUGAAACGGCUACAGAAAAUGUUUUGGAAGUCACUGCACGUGCUAUAACAUACUAUUUGGAUGUAUCGAAUGAAUGCACCAGACGAAUAACACAAGUGGAUGGUGCUGUUAAAGCAAUCUGUAACCGACUGGCAGUUGCAGAAAUGACUGAUCGUACAAGCAAGGAUCUCGCCGAACAGUGUGUGAAAUUACUCGAACAUGUUUGUCAACGGGAAACAUCUGCAGUGUUUGAUGCUGGGGGAUUGCAGUGCAUGUUGAGUUUAGUUCGUCAACAUGGACAAUAUGUUCACAAGGAUACUAUUCACUCAGCAAUGUCUGUCAUCACGAGAUUAUGUAGCAAAAUGGAACCGAGUGAUUCUACCAUGCCGGAAUGUAGUGCCAGUUUGGGAGCUCUUCUUGAACAUGAUGAUCCGAAAGUGUCAGAAUGUGCUCUGCGUUGCUUUGCUGCAUUAACGGAUCGUUUCAUUCGUAAAUUCAUGGAUCCAGUGGAAAUGGUACGACAUGGGAAUUUGGUUCAACAUUUACUUAAUUCACUAGUGCCUGCACAUCGGACCAGUGGAGUUUGCGCUGCAUCACCGUCACAUAUCAGAAAUGAUAAUUCAGUGGGAUCAAAUGAUUCGAUAGCAUCAUCAGCAUUUAGCUUAAAUCGACCAACAUCAUUCACUUCCGUUGUCAUUUCAUUAUUGAGUAAUCUUUGUCGCGGAUCAUCGAUUGUUACCGAACAAGUUGUAAGUUCUCCAUUAUUUUUUUGUGCACUAAAAACAGUUCUCACGAGCAAAGAUGAACGGUGUAUAAUGGAUGCUUUGCGUUUUUGCGAUCUUCUUAUAGUACUUCUGUGUGAGGGGCGAAAUGCUUUACCAAAAAGCAUGGGUGCUAUUGUGGCUAGUCGUAAUGAAACAGGUCCUAAUUCGUUUGACCGUUCUCAUAGGCAUCUCAUCGACGCAAUUCGGCAGCGUGAUACAGAUACUUUGAUUGACGCUGUUGAAUCAGGACAGGUUGAUGCAAAUUUCACGGAUGAUGUGGGACAAACUUUGCUUAAUUGGUCUUCUGCAUUUGGCACUGCAGAAAUGGUGACAUAUUUAUGUGAUAAGGGUGCCGAUGUAAAUAAGGGUCAACGCUCUUCAUCACUACAUUACGCUGCUUGUUUUGGUAGGUCAGAUAUUGUGAAAAUUUUGUUGAAAUACGGAGCGAAUCCUGAUCUUCGUGAUGAAGAAGGUAAAACAGCACUGGAUAAAGCACACGAAAGAAGUGAGGAAGAGCAUCAGUUAGUAGCGAAUAUUUUGGAAAGUCCAAGCUCUUAUAUGCAGAGAGUUGAUGAAGGUGAGGAUUCAAAUAGUAUUCGAAUUUUUGAUUUAGAAAAGGUAAUGAAGGGGAAAACUGAUGUUGCGAGAGAAACAUCAAAUGAAAAGAUCGAUCCCGCUAUAGUGCGUCAGUUACUAGAACAUCUUUUACCAGUUUUGUGCGAUGUUUAUCAGCGUUCACUUGGUGCUAGUGUACAUAGAUCCAGUUUGUCGCUUCUUCGUAAAGCUGUCUAUUAUAUAUCACCUGAGUCAAUGGAAUCGAUGGUUACGAAUGACAAUAGUGAAAUCGAUAUUCCGAAUGAUAUCUGUUUUUCUCGUGGACAGCGGCUUGCUGAAAAUCUUGUCACCGUUCUUAUGAUAGGUUUGGAACAUGAAGACGAUACAGAAUCGCAUGAAAAUGUGUUACAAAUUAUCAAGUCUUUAUUCAUGAAAAAUACCGACUUUUGGUUAGAGCAGUUGAUGCGCGUUGGAAUUUUUGAAAAAAUUGAAGCUAUUGCUAAUCAACCAGUAACACCAGUUAAAGAUGGAGCUGUGUCAACAAUGGUCAUUGAUGAGAGUGGUCGCAUAUCAAGCUCUUUAUCUGUUACAGUCAUGGAUAACAUAUUUAUGAAAGUAGAUGAACUUUCACAAGAAGAAAGUUCUGGCAUAAAAAAUAGACGGCAUUUGACAGCAAAUUCUUCAAAGAGCUCCAGUGAUGAAAUUAUAACGUCUUCAACAGUUAUAUCAUCAAUUAAGGAAAAAAGUGACCACACGAUGGUCAAUGUUCCUGUCCACGAUGAUGAUUCAUACAAUACACCGGUAACUCCAUCUACUCCGGAAGCAUCUGAAACUGAUUCCGUCACACCGGUGACUUGCAAAUAUAAUGUCAGUACUGAUCUUUCAUCAGCAGUAGAUGAUCAGUGGGAAAUUGUACAGGGUAAGAGCUAUCGAUGGAAAGAUUGGAGGAUAAUCAAAACUCGAGAUUCCUUCUUUAUUUGGUGCGAUGCUGUUGCCGUGGAGUUCAGUGAUGGUAGUAAUGGUUGGUUCCGCUUCAUGUUAGAUGGUCAGCUCAGUACUAUGUAUAGCAGUGGGAGCCCAGAGGUUGGUUCUGACAACGCUGAAACACGUGGUGAGUUUUUGGAUAAGCUCACCAAAGCUCGGAAUGCUGUGCCAUUAGGCAGCUUGCUUCAUUCGAUAUUUAGCGUACCGGAUAUUAGUAAGACGAUUGAAAUUGGCAGUUGGAUCUUGGCUUCGCCAAAAGUUAAUGAACUGACUAUAACGAAUCGUGAUGGGAACCAGCAGCGUUUGAUCAUUGUAGAGGAUUUGCCAGGUUUCAUUUUUGAGUCAAAUCGCCAAACAAGACACUGCUUUCAAGCGGAGAGGACUUUGGGCUUGGACUUUGUUACUGGAUGGGCUGCAAGAGGCGGCGGACGACGUUUGCGCUUCCGCGCGGAGACCCAGAAAGCAAAACUACAAGAAAUGGCGAAAGAAAUUUGGGACAACUAUUUGAAAGAAGCGCAGGCAAAGCCGCGGGACGCCUUGGUUGAAUUGCAAAAAGCAUCAUCUACAAUUAAGGGAAUUUGUCAGCAAAAAAAUGGUCGACUGCCAGAACAUAUGCUUUCGGAACUAGAGGCGGCUCUGAAAUGUAUACAUUCUUCUGUUGUCAACGAUCGUCUGCUAUCAACUUUUGAGUUAUCGAUAUCUGGAAUUGUUGAUGCUUUGUUGGCAUUUCUGAAAUUUUUACAAGGGGACACGGCUUGUGAAAUAGCAGUCAUUUUCCGAAAGGUUUUCGUAGACCAACGUUCACUGUCUGCCCUUGUGCGUAAAAUGGUGUCGGUUCUAGAUGCUGUAGAAAAAUUUCCUCAGUAUCUAUAUGACACUCCCGGUGGUUCAUCGUUUGGUUUACAAUUACUUAAUCGUCGUAUCAAAUUGAAAUUGGAACAGUUUAAUCCAAAUACGCCGUCUCAAAUGCAGUUGUUGAAUCGAUCGGGUAGAACAAUGAGAGUGGAACCAUUAAGUACAGUGAAGCAGUUGAAGUGUUAUAUUUUACGAAUGGUUGCUAAACAAUGGUAUGAUCGAGGACGUGAAACUUUUCAUUUUGUGAAAGAAAUAAGAGACGCAAAAAAACGUGGAUCAAAAAUUUCGUUUACUUACACUAAUGACUUCGAUGACAAAGGUUUAAUAUACUGGUUGGGAACAAAUGGAAAAACAGUAGCUGAAUGGACGAAUCCAGCAAGCGUUCAUGUUGUUUUUGUGACAAGUUCUGAUGGUGAACGCUUGCCAUACGGCCACCAUGAAGACAUUCUAAGUCGUGAAGCUCUCAAUUGUCACACCUCGGAUGAUAAAAACGCUCAUUUUACGAUUGAUCUUGGCGUUUAUUUUUAUCCAAAUACUUAUACCCUUCGCCAUGCUCGUGGCUACGGACGAUCUGCCCUUCGUAAUUGGCUUUUGCAGGGUUCUCAUAAUGGUCGAAUAUGGGAUGUACUCGUGGUACACGAAAACGAUGCUUCCUUGAAUUAUCCAGGUUCUACAGCAACAUGGCCAAUUGUUUGUUCAGAGGGAAAAGGUCCCUAUCGAUAUAUCCGCAUUGCACAAAAUGGUAAAAAUGCUAGUAAUCAAAAUCAUUAUUUAUCGCUAUCAGGUUUUGAAAUAUAUGGUGAUGUUGUUGAUGUCGUGGUAGAUGAUUUUAAAAUUCUGGAUGAAAAACCAAACAUGAGCAGCAGGCGAUCCAAGAAAUGCAUCGUUAAUACCAAGGAAAUGUCAGCGAAAGACAGUAUUGCUAGUGAAGCACCGCUCGUUUCAACAAAUACUGACGUACGUUUAGCAACUUCAUUUAGUGAUGCCAGUGUUGCACAUUUACCUGGCGGCCAAACCAACAACAAAGUUGUAAGUGGUAUUGUUGGAUCUGAUUUGAUGCUUGGCGCGACAAAUGUGAUGAAGAACAGGACGUCUCGCUAUCGGCGUGGUUCACGUUUAUUGGCGGCAAAUAUAGCGGGACGUGGGGUACGUAUAGCUAACGUACCUGAUGCAAUGGCCUGUCCGCUGGGCAGUCGUGUAGUUCGGGGCCCGGAUUGGAAAUGGGAUGAUCAAGGGAGCAAUAUGGAAGGCACGGUUAUAUCCCUCAUUGAUAAUGGUUGGGUUGAUGUUCAGUGGGAUGAUUGUACAUCAAAUUCUUACCGCUUUGGCGCCGACGGAAAAUAUGAUAUUGAACUGAAAUCUGUUGAAUGGACACCGGGUUUACGUCGAGGUUUCCGAGUAGUUGGUACACGACGAGAGAGUCAUGCUGCAACUACAUUGUCUCCUACCAGUAGCGGUCAAGUCCCUCCUGGAUUCUCAAAUCAGCUUCCUCCAGUUCCUCGUGGAUUUGCAGAUUAUAGUCCCACAGGAACAUUACGAAAAGCAAAGCCUGGCAGUGCACCUUUUUCUCAAUAUCAUCAAAGUGUCAGUUCACGUAACAGUGCUGAAAUGGGUGGUUUUGAUCGGAAUAUAUCCAAUUCUUGUCUUCAAUGUGGUUCACAAGAACACCGCACAAAAGACUGCGCUAAUGUUUUGGAUUGUUCCAAUUCGCAGAGAUCAGAAAUUAAUGCAGAAGAAGGCGAAAGCAACUCUGAUACUAAGGUUGUCCCUUCAAAUCAGAUAUCUUCAACUAUUGCACAAAAAUCGAUGUCAACUACAAAUUUAUUUGAUGUAGAAGGAUCUGAAGCAACGAAGCGAGCAUCGGUAGCAUCAACAAAUCAAGCGGCUAGUGCGGAAUCUUUACAGCAUCAGACACCAUCUCUAGAAAAUUUAUUGGCGCGUUCAAAAAUAUUUGAUGACCAUAUCCCAGAAGUUGUCUCGGAUGAUAUACUUGCAGUCGAGAGUCAGCAUACAAUUGGCUCCUCAACAGCUAUCGAUACUGAUCAAGAAAGCGUUUCUACAAAUAAUUGUGCUGGCUUGGAUACUAGUAUGGAAAGUUUCGAUGGUGCAGUCGCAAUUAUCGAGCAGACACAUGAUGUGAAUGUUUCUCUGAAAACUUGCACACACGUUAGUGGCUCUCAACCUGUGCUACUUGAUCAAGAUCAUGACACCUUUGGAGAAAUUCGAGUAAUCAAACAACGUGACACAUGUUCAUAUCCUAAAGAUUCGAUUAAAUCCACUGUACAAAAUGACCUCGUUCCAAUAAGCAACAGUAAUAUGACGUCGUUGGAGGAAGCGAAUGCGCGAAAUUUAGCCAAUUUAAGUGUUAGCGCUCCAAAUUUGGUUGUUGUACGACAACUCCAACAAUCGGGAACGGUGUCAAACACUGAUCAAGUGUUCAUGCCCGGUGACGAUAAUUUGGUACGGAAUAUUUUACAUGAUUUGGCCAAUGAUCCGUCUCGGCUUCAUAGUUUACAUCGACUUGCGCUUGCAGGAACCGGUUCAGCUUUGAUAAAUGAUAGUAACAAUGCAAUACGUAAUUCCACUCAGCGAUAUUUAAUUGAUGGAGAGCAUGGACGAGUAACGGACGAAUCAUCCGGAGCACUGACUCAUGAAGUUACUCGCAGAAAUGCCGAUAUGAAUAGUGAAAUCAGUGAUCGCAUCGAUGCUAUCACACCAGUUGCUGAUGACGAAUCGAGCGAAAACAAACUAGGAGAUGAUUGGAAACAGAGAGAAGGAAGUCUUUCAGGGAUGCAAGGAAAACUUCCCCUGGAGCCUGUGAAAAUCUCUUUGGUACCCAUGAUGUUGCAGUCAUUUAAUGCGGGGCGAGGAAUCAUAAGUGAGGAAAAUGGUAAUCGUAGUGAAGCAGUGACAGAUGAAGUAUCGAGUACUGGCAGUACAGUUUUUUAUUCAACUGAUCGCAGAGCAUCUUUAAAUUCAUGUUCACGAAAGCAGCUUUCAGACGAAGAUAUUUCUGAUAAAGCUGAUGUAUCGAUGGAAGCAGUUGGAUCCAAUCAAUCAGAUGGUCCUCAAAGAGCAUUUGGUAAACCUUCGUUUGGAACGAGUUCCCGGACAGCUUCUGGGACACAGUCUGCUGCUUGCUCACGACGUAGUACGCAAGGUAGUGGAGGCAGUUUCCGUUCGCGUUUAGGUAGUUAUGCAGAUGUUCUACGCUCUGUUGUCAUGCAACAAAUCCUUGAUUCUGGUGGUUCAAUGAAUGGUCUCGAAUUAGAAGAAAUUGAGGAUGACAUAUAUGAUGAUGAAAUGCAAGAUGAAGGUAACGAAGAUGAUUGUGAUGAGGAAUAUGCGAGUGGUUUAUCUGUGGAGGCACUCGCACAAGCAGCAGCUGCUCUUCGUAGGCAGUCUAAUGGAGGAAGUAUUGGGUCCAGUGGAAAGCUGAAGCUUAAUUGGAAGCAGGCACGACAUUUUUCUUGUAUUCAGUUAAUUUGCUACUUUAGUCUUUUUCGUGACUGGUUAGAGCCUUUAGAUAUUGUGAUGGACGAGGCUGGGAGAUUGAUAAGUGAUCGGGGUUUACGAGUAUCAAAUUCCUCAAGUGAUAACAAACAGAGCAGAGGAGGUCUCAGUCGGAAUUGGGAUGAUGAGUUUGUUUUGAAGCACCAACUACCCGCUUUAAUUCCUGCCUUUGAUCCUCGUCCAGGCAGAACAAAUGUCAAUCAAACCCAGGAUGUUGAACUGCCACAGGAUAUCAGUGAGUCUCAGAGUGAAGCAGUAUUUCCUUCUACGUGUUCAACUCUAUAUUCGAAAGAGGAAGAACCAGAGUUGCGUUUAUACCUGCAAGGACCCAAUUUAGCGAAUAUCAGUAAUGUUACCGUCGAAUUGGAUGAUGAUGACAAAUCCAUAUUUUUCUAUCUCCAGCAACUUGCUCAAAGCGUUGAGUGGGGACAGAAAAAUGAAAGAACAAGGCGUGUUUGGGAGCCAACAUAUACACUGAUUUAUGGAGAUGUAUGUGACAGUAAUGAACUUCCUCAAACGGUUAAUAAAAAAGUUGCAGAGAUGAAUGGUAUCCCAAAAAAUGUUGCUCACACGUUAGUCGUUCUUUCAAACCUAUAUAAAAUUGGUGUAAUGGAAUAUGAAAUGACGACAGAUAUUUUUGUUAGUGAAAAAUUGACACAAAAAUUGAUGCAAGAGCUGGCAGAUCCGUUGAUUGUUUCUGCAAAAGCUUUACCUCCUUGGUGUGAUGAACUUAUUUUCAAAUAUCCAUGUUUAUUUAGUGUCGAAACAAGGAAUAAUUACUUUCGAGCUACUGCGUUUGGCACUUCACGUUCAAUUGUGUGGCUACAAACUCGUCACGAUCAGAUGCUUGACCAAUCUCGUGGCGCGACAAGUACUGCAGCAGUAUCGAACCUUGCUGGAACUCGUAGAGAUGAUAACUAUCCAGAAUUCCGCAUUGGCCGAAUUAAACAUGAACGCAUUAAGGUACCUCGUAAUGGUGAGCAAUUAUUCGAAUAUGCUGCUCGAUUACUGGAGUUUCAUGCAUCUAGGAAAGCCGUGCUGGAAGUUGAGUAUAUUGAUGAAGAAGGAACUGGGCUGGGGCCUACAUUGGAGUUUUAUGCUUUGAUGGCUGCCGAAUUUCAACGCAAAGAUUUGGCAAUGUGGAUCUGUGAUGAUGCGGAUACUGAUUGGACAGAAGAGAUAGAUCUUGGCGAGGGUAUAAAACCAUCGGGAUACUACGUUCGUCGUGCUGGAGGACUUUUUCCGGCUUCGUUACCAUUGUCAUCUGCAGAAAACUCACGUGUUUCUAAACUAUUUCGAAUUUUUGGUAUUUUCCUAGCUAAAGUACUGCAGGAUGGUCGUCUGGUAGAUUUACCGCUCUCGCAACCGUUUUUAAAAAUGAUUACUAAUUCACAGUUAACUGAAGGAGAGACACUUAAUCUAAGUGGUAUACUUACGUUGGAUGAUUUGGAAGAAGUAUCCCCAAUUCAAGGUCGUAUAUUAAAAGAGCUAGCUGCAUAUGUAGCGCAGAAACAUUCUAUUGAAACUGAUCACAGACUUGAUCUAAACACUCAACGACGACAAAUUCAGCAACUUAAAUUAAAUAUUAAUGGCUCAGAAUGUACAAUUGAGGAUUUAUCAUUAACUUUUUGUGUAAAUCCAUCGUCAACCGUAUUCAGCUAUAAGCAAAUGGAACUGAUUGAAAAUGGUGCAAAUAUCGAUGUCACUGCUGAUAAUGUUGAACUUUAUAUUGCUGAAUGCACAAAUUUUUAUCUCAAUUCUGGUAUUCUUAAUCAGACUUUGCUAUCUGGUGAUCAAUGUCCAGAAUGGACUCGUGAAGAUAUUAUCAAUUUCACGGAGCCAAAACUGGGCUAUACUAAGGAAUCACCUGGCUUCUUACGUUUUAUUGAUGUUCUAGUAGGGAUGAAUGCUAGUGAACGCAAAUCCUUUUUGCAGUUUACAACAGGCUGUUCUUCAUUACCACCAGGUGGUUUGGCAAAUUUGCAUCCACGUUUGACGAUUGUUCGAAAAGUUGAUAGCGGUGAUGGUAGUUAUCCAUCCGUGAAUACUUGUGUUCACUAUUUAAAAUUACCCGAUUACAGUUCUGCGGAAAUUAUGCGUGAGCGCCUUCUGACAGCAACUAAUGAGAAAGGUUUUCAUCUGAACUGA